ACAUAACAUAUUUCCUACUCCUCCUAUCCACAACCUACGGGAGCCGUCAAAUCUAUCCUAACAAACACAUAAAUUCCAUAACUACGAGUACAUCUACAGACAACCAACCAACAUCAAUCAAGACAACCAAAGACGAUGGAAAACAGAACAUACCAUGCGGUAUUCUAAAAAUGCUUCAAGCGUUGAAAGCGCAUGAGUUGGAGCAUAAUCCUGAAAAGGAGCAAGCGCAAGAAUUGGGAGAGGUGGUAGAUAUGCUGAGUAACUUACGGUGGCCAAGGAGACCGGGAUGGAAUCAAUUGUGAAGAUUAGUCACAUUUUUGUAGGAGAUGCCACGACUUCUAUGGAAGCAUUUCCUCAUACUAUCCAUUCUAUUCAUCAUCACUGACUGCAUGUCACUGUCACAAAAAUUAGCCGAGAUCAAGAAAAAAAUGGGACCUUACAGGCAUAAUACUCUUCAUAAUAAGCCUCCGUCUUUGGCGAAGAUUCAUGAAAAACUACGGCGACUUCCAUACUCUUUACUUUUACCGGAAUUGUCUAUACGUAAGAACGCAUUUAGAAGACACCGAUUACCACGAGAGUUAAUAAAAAAUAUAAUUGCGGAGACAUGGAGACAUAAAAACCGGAACAUAAACAGGGGAAAAGCAAUAAAGUUAGCUUUAGCAAAGCCGCUAAGCGAUCACCUAAAGUAUGAAGAACCAAUACAUAACUUGAAUCUUUUAGAAAAAUUUACAACAAACAAAUUACGACACGUUUUCAGUUCAUUAAAGGAGUUAUAUAAAGACACAAUGAGCCAAAAGACAUUAUCAAAGUCACCGCUGUCGAAAAAGUGGCUAAACUCAGAAACUGGCAGAAAUUCAGCUUUUGACAUUUUUCUAAGUAACUAUCUGAAGAAUGAAGAACCAAUUAACUUAAGAAGCCUAAGUCCUAUAGGAAAAUAUGCAGACAACAAACAACAAAACAUUUUUAGUUUUAGUGAAACAGAGGAAAUGUGGUAUGACUCCCCAGAAAACUUGCUAGACAACUACCCGAAGGAUAAAGAAUCUAUAUACUUGCAUAACCUAAAUCCUGUACGAAAAUUUACAGCAGAACGCGCGUUAAAAUUGUUAAAAGAGUCACACAGAGAAGCAAUUCAACACAAUAAAUAUUCAAAACCAGGAUUAAAUGAUCAAGAAACAACAUUGUACGAUAUAUGGAUUAGAUUUCAGUCAAAGUUAAUGGCGGAUUUAUUUUCACUAAAAGGUUUACAAGCCAUCAGGAGCGCAGUAGGCUGCGGCAUGAGGAGACAAGACAAUGCAGCCAAACCUGAUUCACCUGCGCCGCCUGAUUCAUCUAAAGCACCUGAUUCACCUGCAUCACCUGAAUCACCUAAAGCACCUGAUUCAGCACCACCAUCUGCUUCACCUCAAUGUCUGUGGUACCCCUACUACUAUUAUCCAUAUUACUAUUCUUAUUACUCGUAUUAUCCGUAUUACUACGGAUAUUAUUAUCCAUAUUACUGGGGACGACGUUAAUUUAUGAACUUAUUAUAAUAUCUGCAAAUAUA